UUACAAAUUGUUGUGCGCUUACCACUUCGCAGUUGCGGGCCAAAUUGGGCUGAAAUUAAGGCCCAGGGUGGAGUUUAGAAAGAUGGUGUCUUGCAUGGAGCCUUUAGUCAUCGUUACCGUGUACGUUAAACUCUAGCUCUCUGCGCAUGGAACCCAUAGGCUCUGCGGGUGCAUUUGGCGUCGGUUCUCAUCGUUACAGUACGUGUCUUCUCUCUGCGUUCAGCGUCGACUCUCCGCCUUUUUAGUACACGUAUGAAAAUUCCGGUACCUAUAAAAUCCAGGUAGAGGGGUUGAGAUGUUGAUGCAAAGGAUAUUGAUUUGGACGAUGAAGGCGGUGGGUUUUUAGGCUAGGGUUUUAUAUGAUGAUCGAUGAUAGGUUUUAGGGUUUUUUUCUUUCAGCAUUCUGUAUGAAUAUGGUAGGAUUCGUGGCUUUUGUAAGACGAUCGGAUAUGAUAUAAGAUGAUCGAUAAGGGUUUUAUAAGACGAUGGAAAGAUUUCUCAUAGGAUUUUUUUGUCAGGAUUUUCCGGGGCAGGAUUAUUUCAAGACCUUACCCUCAAGAGAGGGAUGAUUUACUGAAUUGACUCAAUUGAGGAGAUGAUAUAUGGGAUUCACGGAGAUCGGUGAGGAGGAUGAGUUAAGGGUUUCACGGUGAUAGGUGAGCUGGAUGAUUUGUAGAUUUCAUGGAGAUGGGUGAACGUGACCUUUAGAUGGUCGAAUUUUUUUAAUAGUGAGAAGGACACGCUUGUGGUUUCAGGUUUCUUUCCCUUCGAUACGAAACCUUUUUUUUAAUUUUUUAUUGAUUAUAUGAACUUGUCAGAUUGGAUGUUUACUCUUUUUCCCUUUCAACACGAACCAUUCUUUUUAUUGAUUGAAUGCUUUCAGAUUGGACUUUAAAAGAGGAUACAAUCUUUCGGAAUGGAUCAUUUGAAGUCUUGACCGAAAACGGUGUGGCACCAUCUGAUGGAUGAUUUGAAAUAUUCAUUGAGAUUGGUGUUAUAAUUUCAUACGUGGAACAAAUCAUUCCUCUUUUAUUCUAAAAUAUCCAUGAUUUCAAGGUUGAUAUGUGGAAUUCUCAAUUUCUGAUAGAUUGGCAUAAGCCCGUUUGGGUAAGUAAUUUGGCUUUAUAAUUUUAAUUUAAUUAACUGUAUACACCGUAUGCCUGUAAUUCCAGAGGAGAAGAAGGAAGAACAAAGAUUUAAUCUUAUUUGCUAUAUUGUGGCAUGUCGGGGGAAUAAUGGCAUUAACUCUACUUUAUUGUUAUUAUUAUGUUAUAUAUAUGUGUGUGAGAGAAUAUAUACUUUGAAGUUGGUAUUUGAUGGCUAGGAAUUUGAUGCAACUAAUAUAAACUUUUAUGGGUGGAUUGGAAUAGCUUUGAAUAAGCAUAGUUGCCUUGAUUGGCAGCAAUCUGAUCAUUUGAACUCUUUGUUAGUAAUUAACAUCCCUGGAUUUGUCUGUAAUUUGUAAACAAAUUUAGGACAUAGUUGUAUUUUUUUAGCCUCUGAAUCUGUUGGUGUUUUGUCUAAAUUGGUUAACAUUGUAGUGCAAGUACAUUGUUACUUCCAAGCUUUGCACAUUUAACAAAUGUUAUAGUAGGUCACUCAACAUACUGAUGGCAUGCUUCUAUGUUGGACGGUAAAGUAUGACCUACUGCAUGGAAGGUAUUGGGAACUUGAAAGGCUUGGGUUAAAGAAUGUUUGAUUUAUUGAAGAAUUUGAGGGAAAAGAGGAGGGAACAGAGAACUGGGACACAUAGAAAUAUAGUAUAUGCUACCAGUAUGGAUAAGGACUAGAAAACACAAAGUAAAUUGAAACCACAUUGUGGGCUACAUAACAAAUUGAGGGACAUGUUGUAGGUACCAACGGAAAUUUAAACUUACAUGACAAAAUCAAUGAAAGUGAUUCUUAGAGAGAGCUAUGUUUGUAGAAGGAAAGAAAAAAUUAUAGAAAAUGAAAAAUAGUUUUAAACAUACAUAUUAUUUUAACAUGUGUUGAGGAAUUUACAAAUGCAUAAAUUUCUCACUACUUUUAAUUAUGUUUAAUUUUAUUUAGUAUCUUUCAUAGUUGACUCAAAUAUGAGAAAAUCAUGUUCUUCAAUAUGUAAUUUUCUCCAUCUUUUGAAUACUUUUUGGGAACCAAGCAUAUCCUAGAGGAACUCAUUGUUCUGUUAUUAUACUAGUUCCUAUUUCUUAUUUCUUUUGAGGAAUCUCUUUAAUCCUUGGUUCUCCUCUAGGAAUGGCUCUGAGAUAUCAGUUGUUCAUAUAUGCAUGCUGAUGGAUAUUAAGUUUGUAUGCUUUGGAAUUCAACCUUAUGGUAAAAUUUCAGUGAUUUUAUUUUUGUAUAUUCUUAAGUUCUAUGUGAGAUAUAUUUUCCAUGGUAGCAAAUUUGUCUCACCUUUAACGAUCUAUCAGCCUUGGGCAGAGGUGGUUGUAAUACUGGAAGGAAAAUGAUGUGUUUGUAUUUUGUUAUGGUCUCUACUAGAGUUGGUUAUAUUGUGAGGCAUGGUUCAGUAAGGUUGUUGAUAGCCAUAAAUGGAACUGCAUCUUUAUUUAGAUUUCAGCUAUAUCUGUUUGAUUGGGCUGAAACCCAUAUCUCAGUAUCAGUGAUUUAGAUAUUGACAUCUAUAGCUCAGCCUAUUAGUAUACUCAAUGAUCUGAGUUUAGAUAAGCAUGAUGGGACAAGAUUAUUUGGUGUGCUAACUGGUGUUUGGCUGCUAGUUGUUGUUGUCAUUUGGAGUGCUAACAUGUACGUUUGGCUGUUAUUGUUGUUGUUUUUGCAGGAAGUGAUAUGAUAUGUUGUGGCAUUUGAAGAUUAGGAGCUACAUAGAAUUUUGGCUGUUAUUGUUGUUGUUUUUGCAGGAAGUAAUAUGAUAUGUUGUGGCAUUUGAAGUAAUAUGAAUGCUCGUCUUCUUCUUCUUAUGCCUCAAUAUGAGACAUUUGCUCUUCUUGAACUUUUUAGGAAAUGUUAAAUAAAUCGCAAAUAAGUGAUGCCACUGAGCAGAUUGUGAUCAGAUGUGGGACCGGGACUUUCCCAAGCAUAAGCCACUAAACAAAAUCUGGAUUGGAAGGAACACAACUGUGCUUGCUAUAUUCCAUCAUCCAUCACUCAGCUUGUAGGCUUCUUCAUCCUUAACUCGAUGGUUGGAUGCAUAAGAGACCAUGGCCCUGAUAAGCUUUUGAAUAUACAGCAACUCUCAGGGCUGCACCCAAAGCAAGAUGGUUGGGUUAUGUUAACAAGUAACAACUCAUCAUUCUACGUUGGCAUUUGAUAAAAAAGCAUCUGAGUUUAGCACUUGAACAGAGACUCAAAACCUUGGCUAGUUUUAGGAAUAUGGGAAUACACAUAUUUGACUAGAUUUUAGGUCCUGCUAGCUACUCAAUACACUGUUGAAAUUCACUUAAAAAUGAGAAGAGAGGCUCAUUGAUUUUUCCUUUUAAAGGCGCACAUGGUGGAAUGAGGGGGUUGUUGUCUAUGUAUAUCUUCUGUUACAAUAAGAUUGCAUAUGAGUUUGUUCCUUGAACAGUGUGUCCUUCUUGAGUGGUUUUGAGGUUUUGGUUGUAGAGCAUUUUACUGCACUUUUCGAUGCUCGUUGUAUGCAUGACUUGGUGGGCACUCGGCAGGAAAAUUGUUUUCUAAUUUAACUGUGAUUUCUAUGGGACAUAGGUAUGAUAGCUUGCUUGAGUUACCUAGGUUGACAACGAGGAUGAGUUCUUUUCUUUCAUGUAUUUUUUUUUUCACCCUCAAUAUGAAUUAUUUUUCUUUCAUCAAAGUUGGCAUCUCCUUUUUUUUUGUUUUUGUGCCUAUGUUAGCAACAUAAAAUUUUUCCAUCCUUUUGAGAUAUCUUAUUUGUGCUUUUGUUUUUAUUUGUAGCAUCUACAUGCCUUUUAACAGUUUCUUUAAAUAAGAUGAAUCAUAGUAUGCUGAGUUGGUAAUUCAUGCGUGCGCAGGCACCCAUGAUGUUGAUGGUGUGGAGCUAUGACAACAGUGAAGGAGAUUAAAUAUGUUGCAUGACUGCUAUUUCAUCAACUUAAAAGCUUAGGUGAUAGGAUUGGGGGGGGUAUAUCUUAUUUAGAGAUAGAAAAUUAAAGAAACCAUAAAUAAUAUAAAGAAGAAAAGUUUAAGAAUGAAUGUGAUAUGGAUUUGAAAACCCAUUAAUGUCAUUUUAACUAGGUGUUGUAAGAAUGCUUUGAUGAUCAUCUUCAAGAACCUGCAUGUUUUCCCACAACUAAAGGAGAAAGUGAUGAUGUUAACAGGAAAGGUUUUCCCAUCAUAUAACUUUUUCUUUAUAAAUUUGUUGUCUAUACAAAAUGCAGUAAACAAAAAUACUGUUGGAUGGUAUCAUGGGAUUUAUCUCACAAUCUUGCUCAUAUUUGGAAAACAAGGGUUUUUGCCACUUCCAUAUGUGCUAUACGUCUUUUGCAUUAAAAUUUUCACCUUAUAGUCCCUCUAUAUUCUAUAGGAUAUUUGUUUUAGGCAGAUUUUCAUCCAUGGAUAUCUAAGGGGUCCUUUAAUGAGGAUUACCCUUUGUUGUGGAUAUUUGUUUUAUUUAUUUCUUUUAUGAGCACUUGACAAGUCAAUUCUUUGUCACCUAACUCUAGAUAGUUCCAUUUUGCAUUUCCUUUAUUUUCUCAUUAUUCUUGUGUGUAGGUAGAAUCAGACUUCUUGGUUGGAUGAUUUGAACAUUAUCUUGUUGAAGAGGAUAAGCUGAAUGAACGAUCAAAGUCUGAAUACUAGGGGUUGUAAGAAUGCUUUAUAAUUAUAUGCCUUUGAGAAUAUGAAAAUCUUUAUAAGAAUGCUUUGAUAAUUAUACUAACCAAACUUUCAGGUGAGGUUGGUAUGCUUUUGCUUUUGUUUUCAUUUUCAAAUGAAUGAAGAUGUGUUGUUUCCAUCUAAGAAAUAUAGCUUUUUGCAAAAUGCAUCAAACAAAAUUAUAAUAAAUGGUCAUCAUGAGGGGCAUGGCCUCAUCUUUGAAAAACGUUUCAUUUUGUGUUUCCCUUGCUUUAUCUUAUUAUUUUGUGUAUACGUUUCUUGAUUUUUUAUUUAUUGUAGGUUUUGAGCUUAUAAAACAUGAAACAUGAAUUGAUUUUUCUUUUUACUUGCAAGGUAUAUUUGAAAGAUGUAUGAUUUUUGAAAUGUACGUCAAGUAUUAAUUUGUGCGGUUUAUUUGAUCAUUUAUAUUGACCAUUAUGAUCUUUCGCUAGGAUUGUAGUUCAAUUGGUUACAACAAUGCUGUAUUACUUACUUUUACUCUUUCAUGUAAAUUUGCAACAAAAAAUUUUUUAAAUUGAUUUUUCUUAAAAAUUAUGAAAAUUAGUUGAAUGUGUAUGCAUUGUUUGUUGUAUUGUGGUAUCACGUGUCAUAUUGUGUAUUUUAUAUAUAUAUGUAUCAUAAAAUACACUAUGGCUAAAAUACAGAUAAUAAUAGGAUUUCCAUAAAAAAAAAUGUAUCCAUGGUUUGCAUAUUUGUUUUGUUUGAGUGAGCUUUGGUUUGUUGCCCCAAAACCUGCCAGUUAUUGGUGUUUUAGGUCAAUUUGGUCUUUUACUCUUUAAGGAAUAAAAAAGGCUAUUCAAAUUGGCUAACAAAAGAAGGGGAAAAAAAAAUGAAGCGUGAGGGUAGGAACAAUCUGUCUGCAUUUACAUAAGUUGUGUGCAAGAGGAUUGUUUGGGCUUUGGAGUGGGGUUUAUGAGAUAAUAAUUCAAGAUUUUGGACAAAACUCAUUAUAUUGAUUGUUUUGUUGACAAUUUGUUUUCAAGUACUUGAUUUUAGAUCCAAUGGUUUUUGCGCUUUAGCCGAAUUUAUUUUCUUUAAUGACAUUUCCUUUAACUCUUAUUUGGAGCAAUGCAUGGCAGGUAUAUUUUGUAUUUAUCUUUAGUUGUUUGUUAUAUAUUUUGUCUAGUUUUUAAAUUUUCAACUCUGAUAUCUCUAGGGAUUCAUCUGGGGCAAAUUUUUUGAUCCGCCUCCUGAUGAUGUUUCUCAGCACAUUAUUGUAUUGUGCCAUUUGUUUUUCCCCUGGAUAAGGCAUGUCUUCCAAAACUAUACGUCUAUUUGAAUGUAGUUGAAUUAUGCAAAUGUGGUUGAAUUAUACAUAUGUGGUUAAUUGUUCAUUUCAGUGCUAUAUGCUUUUCAAUGAAGAAUUUGCUUUGAAAUGGUUGUGCUUUCGGAAGGAUGUUUUUUGUGUACGCAUUUUAUCAUUAUAGAAUAUUUGGUUUGUGACUUAAUUUUUAGAAGUUUGUUCAUAUGACCAUUCAUAAAAUGCUCGAGCACGAAUCUGAUUUUCAUAAAAGGUGACUCAGGGGAGCAUGUUCAAUUUUCUUGCUCUUCUUGCUCUUUUAGGUUGUUGUUUUCUUAUUGUAUUGAUUUUAAAUAUCAAGAUAAUUCUGUUUGCAUUUAUUUUUCAAUAUAUUUAAUUAAGUAGUGCUUCUUGUUUAUGAUCUUGACUGGUAUUUAAACAAAUUUAUGUUUGCAAAUAUGGUAAAGUCAGUAAUGUCACUAAAUGGCCAUCAAUCAUUGUUGAAGAGAAACCAAUUCUCUAACUUGAAUUAAAGAGCUAACAAAUCAUGUAUAUUUAUGACCUAAAAUCUCUACCAAGAACGUGAAAAUUUGGUGUCAUGCAAAAAUUUGAUAUUUUGAUCUUUGCUUUUGAGAGUUGGGCUGUAACUAUAGACAUAUAUACAUGCAUAUUUGCACAGAGAACACAAUUUAUACUUUGUGGAAUUCUUAAUAGCAUACAUAUUUACACAGAGAACACAAUUUAUACUUUGUGGAAUACUUAAUAGCACAGGUUCCUAAAUACCACCUAGUAUAAUGACUUGGACUUUUGAAGCACUUACACGAUCAUAAGGUGUCUCGUUCUCCUACAUCAUUUAAGGGCCCAUAUGAGUCCAACAAUCUGAAUGUUUCCUAUUUUAAUAUCUUAUCCAAUUUGAAUACGCUAGUAUGAAAUGCAGACGCAAUUGGGUUUGGGCCUUCGGUAAGAAGACUUCUUAUUUUUUACUUGUCAUAUUCUUUCUAAUGUUUUAUCCAACAUUACACCUUUCUUAAUACUUUAAUUAUUUAUUUGCCUUUAAAAUAACAAAUAGAAAUUUAAAAAAAACACAAAAAGACGAUGAGGUGCUUCUUAAGGUCCUAUUUCGUUUAUACUACUAAAAGUUUCUUUUCUUUGUUAUUACUUCAAAAUAUAUAUAUAUAAUAACAUCACUUUUACCAAAAAAAUCGCAUAAAUAGUGAGUGGAUUUGGUCAAAGAGAUGCAAAAACGGUACCAAGGUUUUCUGGAAGGUUUUUUCGUUCUUUAAAAAGAAAUAAGAACAAUUUAAACCAGGCAUGGGUUAUUGAUUGAAUGGGUGGAAAAAUCCAAAUUGUAUGACAUUCUAUUUUGAAUAUAAAAUAUAAAUGAGAUUUUUAAUUCCUAUUUCAGGUAAAAUAUUUUUGGAUAAGAAAUUUAAGAGUAAAAUUAUUAAAACAAGAUAUAUGCAGUUUUAACUUAUUUUUCCAAAUAUGGUAUUAUCCCUUCAAUUUAAUGUUUUAUUUAGCCUUCCAUUUUGAAAACGCCAAAUACAACCUUCCUCUGUUUUUUUAAAACAAAUUUUUAGUACCUAUCUUGGAAGGUUCAUCCCUUCAGGGUCUGUGUUGCAUCUUUCCAUGUCGUCCACACCCAACCCAUCCCCAAUUAUCUUCGAUUUCCCCCACUCAACUCACUCGCCUCACCCCAAAUCCUCAAACCCCACCUUCACCACCCACAAAACCCUAAUUUCAUGCAAGGAAUCCAAGAGCAAAGGCGCUUUGGAAGAGAAGAAGAAGGUGGUGUUCGUCGACUACGACAACGGCAAGCACCAGGUCUCUACCCAUGUCUCUGGACUCCGAAAAGCCGACAUUCCCAAACACUACAGAUUGCGGGUCGAAGCCGAUAGGUUUCAGAAGGAUUGGAGCGUUUCUGAGGUGGUUGAAAGGCUUUUGAAGCUCAACCACUGGGACGAUGUAGAGGGUCUCUUGAAUCGCUGGGUGGGCCGCUUCUCCAGGAAAAAUUUCCCCCUUCUUAUUAGGGAGAUAACCCAAAUAGGUUCGCUUGAACAUAGCGUUCAAGUGUUCCGGUGGAUGAAGAAUCAAAAGAACUACUGCGCUCGGAAUGAUAUUUACAAUAUGAUGAUCAGGCUCCAUGCUAGACAUAAUAUAGUCGAUCAGGCACGCGGCUUGUUUUUCGAGAUGCAAAAGUGGAGGUGCAAGCCUGAUGCUGAAACUUACAAUGCCCUCAUCAAUGCACAUGGUCGAGCUGGCCAAUGGCGAUGGGCAAUGAAUAUCAUGGAUGACAUGCUCCGUGCAGCUAUUCCUCCAAGUCGAUCAACCUAUAACAACUUGAUCAAUGCAUGCGGAUCUAGUGGAAAUUGGAAAGAGGCUCUGAAUGUCUGCAAGAAAAUGACAGAAAAUGGAGUUGGCCCGGAUCUCGUGACUCACAAUAUUGUUUUAUCUGCCUAUAAAAGGGGGAAUCAGUAUUCAAAAGUGUUGUCCUAUUUUGAACUAAUGAAAGGAACAAACAUCCGUCCGGACACAACUACCCUUAAUAUUGUGAUAUACUGCCUGGUAAAACUUGGACAGAAUGGGAAGGCCAUCGAUAUUUUCAAUUCAAUGAAGGAGAAAAGAUCAGAAUGCUACCCUGAUGUUGUAACAUUCACUACCAUUAUUCAUCUGUAUUCUGUUUGCGGCCAGAUUGAAAAUUGCCAAACAGCAUUUAACACAAUGCUUGCAGAAGGUCUAAAGCCUAAUAUUGUUUCAUAUAAUGCUCUAAUAGGUGCAUAUGCUUCACAUGGGAUGGAUAAGGAGGCUUUCUCAGUAUUUAAUGAGAUAAAGAAAAAUGGUUUCCACCCCGAUGUUGUAUCCUAUACAUCUUUGCUCAAUGCGUAUGGGAAAUCAGGGAAACCAGAGAAGGCCAUGAAAGUAUUUGAGUUGAUGAGGCGGAACCAUUGCAAGCCAAAUUUAGUAAGUUACAAUGCACUGAUUGAUGCCUAUGGAUCUAAGGGUUUGUUAACUGAAGCUGUGGAAAUCUUACAUGAAAUGGAAAGAAAUGGUGUUCAACCGAACAUUGUUUCAAUAUGCACCCUCUUGGCUGCCUGUGGCCGCUGUGGUCAGAAGGUAAAGAUCAAGUCUGUACUUUCAGCGGCUGAGUUGCGAGGCAUCAAGUUGAACACAACUGCAUAUAAUUCAGCAAUUGGAAGCUAUCUGAGUGUGGGGGAAUAUGAUAAAGCCUUAAGUCUGUACAGAGCGAUGAGAACAAAGAAAGUCAAACCUGAUCCUGUUACUUACAAUGUGUUAAUAAGCGGUUGCUGUAAAAUGUCGAAAUAUGGUGAGGCACUUGGGUUUCUUGAUGAAAUGAUGGAUUUGAAAAUUCCCUUGUCCAAGGAGGUGUACUCAUCUGUGAUCUGUGCCUACAGCAAACAGGGCCAAGUCACAGAAGCAGAAUCCAUGUUCACCAAAAUGAAGAUGGUUGGUUGUCGUCCUGAUGUUAUUACAUAUACUGCAAUGAUACAUGCAUAUGAUGUUGCAGAGAAUUGGGAAAAAGCUUCUGCACUAUUUUUAGAAAUGGAAACAGAUGAUGUCCAGCCAGAUUCUAUUGCAUGUUCGUCUCUGAUGAGAGCUUUUAAUAAAGGAGGCCAACCUGCCAAAGUACUUGUCUUGGCAGAGUUUAUGAGAGAGAAAAAGAUCCCUUUUAACAAUUCAAGUUUCUUUGAGAUGGUUUCAGCCUGUAGCUUAUUGAGAGAAUGGAGGGAAAUAAUUGGUCUGAUCAAAUUAAUGGAGCCUUCAAUCUCUGUCGUGUCAAUUGGGCUUCUAAAUCAGCUUCUGCAUUUUCUUGGAAAAAGUGGGAAGAUUGAGACUAUGAUGAAGUUGUUCUACAAGAUAGUGGCAUCAGGAGCUGAAAUUAACUUCUAUACUUACUCGAUUUUAUUGAAGAAUCUCUUGGCUGCUGGAAAUUGGAGGAAAUACAUUGAGGUACUGCAAUGGAUGGAGGAAGCAGGUCUUCAACCUUCAGUUGGAAUGUAUCGCAGUAUCUCCUCCUUUGCACAAAAUCGCAGUGGGGCUGAAUAUGCUGCUGUCAUACAAGAAAGAAUUGAAUCCCUGAAGAGAAAUUCCAGGAAUCAAAAUCCAACAAAAAAGCUGAAUGAUUCUCUCCUUCCUGCCUCCUCAUUGCUUGAUGGAACCAAAGUAUGAAGAGUCAACCAUUUCUGAGGUGCAUCGCACAAAAGAUAGGAGCCUGGUAGUUGUGGAACUCUUUACCAGGAGAUCAGACAGUUUAUAUACAGGUCGCCUUAACUGCUUCCAAAUACAUGGAUGAAUGAAGCUCUUCUCAAGCGAUCUUCAGAGCUGAAGUCGGUCAAUAGAGGGAGUCCUGAGAAACCAGCCCAAGACAGCAUGGUUUUAGAAUUUGUUUUGGGUACUUCGAUUAAAGUUCAAAGCUUGUGGGAUUUAUAAACUUUGGCCUACAUAGUCCAUUUUUCA